AUGAAUAAUAUUCAAACUAUUAUAUCUAAUUUUAUUUAUAUAGAGGUAACUAUAUAUAUAAUAAUUUGGAUUAAAAUUGUCUUAAAAAUUUUAAGUAUUUUUUGUUAGACUAAAUUUGAUUUAAAUGAUAAUUCAAAGAUAAUCAAUUUGUAUUUACAUAUUUUUNAUAAUUGUACAUCAGCAUAAUAAUAUGAAACCUGUUCUCCUAAAGUUUAAUAAGAAGUUGGAAUCGACAAUCAACUUGUUGAAAAAUGCAUAAGAGAUUAAUAAGAAACUCAUACUUUUUAGAUAAAGAAUGAAACAAUUAAUUACAAAUCAAAUCAAUUUUUAGAGAAAUAAUUAUCAUUAUGGAAUACUGCUGGUGUAUAGUAAUUACCAGGGAUCAUAAUUAAUCAUUAAGAUUAUUUAGGAAAAAUAACUGGAGCAAAUGUUUUUUUUGAUAUUUGUUAUAGUUUUGAAACUCCACCUGAAUCUUGUGGCAAUUAUGUUGAUGGGUAUAUUUUUUAGCCAGAUUAAUCUCUAAAUCUUUAUCUGACUAUAGCUAUCAUUAUCACAGUUAUGGUCAUAUUUUUUGUGCUGCUAUUUUGUGUUUAUACAAAAAUAAUAAGGAGAGAAUUUAAGGAGAGUAGUUAGGCAUAAGUCAAUGAAAUGGUUUCACAAUAUAUUUAAUUUUAUGAAUCCAAAGAUAAGAAGAAGAAAGAAGCUAUAUGA